AUGGACCUGAUUCCCAACUUUUCUAUGGAAAUGUGGGCACUGCUGUCUACCGUUCUGGUGCUCCUCUACCUUUAUGGGACCUCUUCCCAUGGACUGUUUAAGAAAUUAGGAAUUCCUGGCCCUAAACCUCUGCCGUUUGUUGGGUCGAUGCUUGACUACAGGAAGGGUGUGUGGAAAUUGGAUGUAGCAUGUGGAAGAAAGUAUGGGGACAUGUGGGGGAUGUAUGAGGGGCUGCAACCCACCCUGGGCAUUACAAGAGCAGACAUGAUCAGUGGGCUAGUGAAGGAGUGUUACUCUGCCUUCACAAAUCGGCGGCCUUUUGGUCCAAGUGGAAUCAUGAAAAAGGGUAUCAACAGAGCUGAGGAUGAAGAAUGGAAAAGACUUCGAACAUUGCUAACUCCAAUUUUCACUAGUGGAAAACUGAAGGAGGUAAAGAAAAUGAAUGACUAUGUUCCCAUCAUUCAACAGUAUGGCGACGUACUGGUGAAAAAUUUAAGUCAGGAAGUAGAGAAAGGCAAGCCCAUUACCGUGAAAGACAUCUUUGGGGCCUACAGCAUGGAUGUGAUCAUAGGCACCUCAUUCGGAGUGAAGGUGGAUUCCCUCAAUAAUCCUCAGGAUCCCUUUGUGAAAAAUACCAAGAAGAUUUUAACAAUGGUUUUCAGUCCAUUAUUUUUCUCUAUAGCUCUUGAUUUUCAGAAUAUGAAAUACAUUUUUCAUCGUGUGGAUUUUCUUCAGUUGAUGAUAAACUCCCAGAAUUCCAAAGAAGGGUCCCAUAAAGCUCUCUCUGAUCUGGAGAUCACAGCCCAAUCAAUGACAUUUAUUUUCUCUGGCUAUGAGACAACAAGUACUACCCUUUCCUUCAUUGUGUUCGCACUGGCCACACACCCUGAUGUCCAGAAGAAACUCCAGCACAAGAUUGAUGCAGUCCGUCCCCAUAAGGCACCUGCCACUUAUGAGGCCCUGGUAGAGAUGGAGUACCUGGACAUGGUGAUCAAGGAAACUAUGAGAUUAUAUCCAAUUCUUAACAGGAUUCAAAGACUCGGUAAGAAAAAUGCUGAAAUCAGUGGUGUGUUCAUUCCCAAAGGGACACUGGUGUCUGUACCUGUCUUUGUUCUUCACCGAGAUCCAAAAUACUGGACAAAGCCUGAGGAGUUCCACCCUGAUAGGUUCAGCAAGAAGAAUAAAGAUAAAAUCAAUCCCUAUGUAUUCUUGCCUUUUGGAAAUGGUCCUAGAAACUGCAUUGGCAUGAGGUUCGCUCUCAUUAACAUGAAGCUUGCUGCUGUCAAAAUCCUGCAGAACUUCUCCCUGAAACUGUGUGAAGAAAUGGAAUUUUCCUUGAAAUUAGGUAAGAAACCAAUAUGUUCUCCAGAAAAACCUGUAGUCCUGAAAGUUGUACCAAAGAUGGAGCCACAAACGAAGGUUGACUUUAUCUCAAGUCUGAUAUGUUCUUCAGAGAUUGCAUUCUAA